AUGGCAGGAAGGGGAAGAAUGAGUAAUGGUUUUAACAAUUAUGAUAAAGAUGAUUACCAAACAGAAAUGAAUUCUCAGGAUGGUGGUUCCCAAAUGAAACAAAAUCAAAGAAGGGAAAGUGGGCAACCAACACUCCAUGUUGCAAAUAUACCCCAAGGAUUAGAUGAGAAAGGGCUUAGUAAUAUAUUCGCUGCUGAGUGCAGUGUACCUGUUCGUGUUUACAUAUCAAAAAAUAAGAAAGGUCAGCAGUCUAAUACGUACUGGGGAUUUGUUGAAUACAAGACUGUAGCUGAAGCACAAAGUGCGAUUUCAGCUGUACACAAAAAACCUCCAUACGAAUUAUUUGUUCAAUUUUCAAAGGCUUAUCAGGAUAGUAGCAGAGAAAAAUCUGAAAAAUAUACAGGAAAUAUGGGUCCCACUCGUGGUCAAGGACAAUUCCCCCCAUCGAAGGAACGUAACAAUUAUAGGACAUCACGUUCCAAUGAUGAAUCGUUUAAUGAAGACUUUGUAGAAGAUAAUAAUUCCUACAGCUUUUCAUCGCCUGUGGAGAAAAAUACAAGUAGUCCAGCAGAGAAGCUAACUGGAUUGCCGAUAGAAAAAUACACUCAUGUGGAAAUUACUGAUGAAAUGGAUUUGCACGUUGCAGCAUAUAUGAGCAGCCGUGCCAAAGAUUUAACUCUUAACGAUCUCUCCGACCUGUGCUCAGAAAUCAAACUUGCACUGCCUUUCAAACCCGGACAAUGUAGUUAUUGUUUUAGGACUGCUAUUUACACAUGUUCACGAUGUAAAACAUGGUACUGUUCAGAUUUUUGUCGGGCAACUCACUGGCCUCAACAUAAAGAUAAAUGUAGCCCGCGUUCAGUAAUUUUCGAAAAGGAUGGAACUCUAACUUACAAAGAUGUAUCUGAUGCUUUUUGUAAUGAGCAACCCGUUAUGCAGAAAAAUAUUGGUAUGAAAAGUCCUCGAGAUUUUCAAGGAAAAAAUUAUAAUCUAGAUUAUCAAAAUGAUGGUUUUAACAAUUAUGAUAAUGGUUUCGAAAGAAAUAAUCCCAGAGUUAAUGAAAAAUUCAGCAGAGAUAAUAUAGAAAAUGGAAACAGAAGUCCUGAUAAUAGAUUGGGAAGAGAAAAUCACUCUGCUUCCGAUCAGGGAAACAGAGGUUAUCAAAGAAACAGUCAUAGAGGUGGAGCAGGAGGAGGAGACAGAAGAGGUGGAGGAAGGCAGUUUGGAGGGCGGCCUGAUAGAAAUACUCAUAAUCACCGAAGCAGAAAUAAUAAUGAAAGCGAUUCCUACAACAGUGUAGAACCUUUUAAUGGACCUGAUCCAGAUAAACCUCAGAGUCAUAAAUCCAGCAAUCUAAGUCAAGCACCUAUCCCUCCUAACACAUUUACAAAAGUUACUGUAGGGGCUGUUAAACGUGAUAAUGAAUUUUGGGCUUACAAAUUGGAUGACUACCAAAAACAGGGAUCUAUGAUGACUGAAUUAAAGAAAUGCGUCCUCGAAGGAGAUCAUGCUGACAUAAGAAUAGAAACUGGUUCAAAAUGUAUCGCACCUUAUGAAGGAGAUUGGUACAGAGCAGAAAUCGUCCAAAUCUUCAGAGACAAUGUUAAAGUUGUUUUUAUUGAUUUUGGCAAUGAAUCAGAAGUGAAGAAAUGUGAUUUAAAAUCAUUACCAGAAUAUAUUGCAUCGGAACCACCUAUGGCUCAUAGAUUUGUACUUGCUAAUUCACCAGAUAAUCAAAAAUUACAUGAAGAACUCACUUUUAGCAUUAAACCAGUGAUGCAGGACAAAUCUGGAAGAUGGUUGGUUCAUGCUGAAGGUGUCAACUACCCUCCCACGAACGGCUUUGAAGAUUAA